UUAUGACACCUGCGGCUGGAGGGCCAGCAGAUGUGGGGAGCUAUUGCUACGUCAACAAUUCAAGUGACUAUGAGGUUAAUGGAGAGCUGCUGCUCUUGACAGACAAAUUACAGUGAUAAUUAUUAGGUUGUUAAUUAUGAAAUUCGGGGGGUGGAAGACGUAACGAGUGGUGUUUGGUGGGCCUGAGGCUGCAGCUUUGAAGAGUUUAUAAUGUUCAAAUUGGAGUCGUACAUUACUCCGGUACUUCUCAAUUACGUUGGGAAGUAUGUGAAGAAUUUCAGACCGGAACAGUCACAGGUAUCCCUAUGGGGUGGCGACGCAACCUUUCAAAAUCUGGACCUCCGCCUGAACGUCCUGAACGAGCAGUUCGACCUCCCCUUCAGCUUCGUCAGCGGUCACAUCCACGAGCUGCUGAUCCACGUCCCCUGGGUGAAGAUCACCUCGGAGCCCAUAGUAAUCACCAUAAACACGAUAGAAUGCAUCCUGAAGAUGAACGACGGUUCCGAGAAGGGCGAGGACCUCCUCUCCCCGCGCUCCCCCGACUCCUUCCAAGAGGACACCCCCCCAGGCUACAUGAGGAGUAUCGUAACAAAAGUCGUCAACAACAUAACGAUAAACUGCAACAACCUCAUCCUGAAGUUCGUGGAAGAAGACAUAGUCCUCAGCGUGAACAUCCGUUUCCUCUCGAUGCAGACAGUCGACGACUCCUGGCAGCCGACCUUCGCAGACGUCAACGGCAACGACAUGAUCCUGCGCAAGGUCAUCAGCAUCGAGGACCUGACCCUCUGCCUCGACAAGAUGGACUCAUCAGGAAAAAUCGACAUCUACCAGGACCCAGUGGUCUACCGUUGCUCCAUGACAAUCAGAGCGAUAAUGAACUGCCAGAGCAGCCCCCUAAACCGUUCCACAAUAACUCGAUUCGACAUGCACUGCUCUAAAAUGGAAUUCUCGAUAACAGAGCAGCAAAUCCCAAUGCUGCUGCGACUAAUAUCAAUGCUGAUGGCUCUGCAGUCGAAGCGAGCCUUGACGAGCCAUCGAAGGUCAUCGAUAACCGAGGAAAUUCAGUCGGAAAUUGGAGAGAGUGACGACUCGACCAUUUCAUCAGCUCCAAUGGGCAACAGCAGUGGCUGGGGGACGUGGGCGUGGAACGCAGUGGCUUCAGUCCUUCCAGUCGACUGGGACGACGAACUGUCGAUGGAUCAACCCCUCAGCUACAUCGGCCACACGGUUCACUUCGGAGUCUACAUCGAGGAGGCGAUUUUAACGCUGAAGACUGUGGAGACAAUCAAGGAGUCGUUCUCCCACAAGUCAAUGAAAAUCAGAUAUCGACCUUUUCUCACUCUGAGACUCUCCGGGGUUGUUGCUGAGGCUGUCCAGCAGGGGAUAACAGUCACUGCGUACAGAAUGGGCAUUGGGAGUGUGCUGCUGUCCCCCAGAGGCAACUGCAGCUGUGGAUUCGUCGAGGUGAAGGCCAGUGCUGAGCUGCCACAGUACUUCCUCGCUGGGAAUUCGGUUAAUAAUUACUUGAAGGACUCCCUGUUCGAUGAGGACUUCACCAUCAGUGGAGUAGUGACCAGAGAGUACAGCGAGAACAUCCAGGAGAGAUUAUCUUCAGACACCAGAGCCAAAGAAUUUUUUAAAAACUGCCCUGCCUUCUGCCUGGACUUCGUUCAUCUCAUCCAACUUCCUGAGGAGAUUAAACAAGACGAGUUGUUCGAUUUAGCGAGGAACUUCGAGUACAGCAAUUUCCAGGAGAGAGAGGCUACGAGACUGUUCGUUGGGGAUCUGGAGGUGAGAAUCUGCUCUGGGGUUCUGCACAGGCUUCCAGUCAUCACCAGUGCCAUCGAAAAGUCUGAUAUUUUGAACUGCAUUCCUCGUAGGGUCGAGCCAGCAGUCGGGGAAUUGCCUCCAGUGACAGUCGAGGAGUACGAGUCGUUGAACGAAUUCGUUCCCAUGACUGAGACGUCGAUAAACGUCUCGAAUUUGUCGGUUCAGUUUCAGUUGGCUGACCACAGGAGUCACUUCAGGAGGAAAUUUCCGCUGAACAAAUUCCUGGAUUACCCCAGACUACUUCUUAAUUUGGAUCAUCUUCAGGGGGAGAUGGUCGCCCCCAUGUACUCGUUCAGAUUAGCAGCUUGUGCGUCGAAACAGAGGGUUUUGUCAGAGAAAAUGUUGAGCCAGUGCUACAAGAGGAUCGAGGGAACGGUCUCUGGGUUCACCAGCCUCUUGUACUUAUCAGAGACCUCUCACACCUCUCUGAUCAUGCCCUGCAGCCUGGCAUUCUCCACGCAGACGUUGAUCUACCCCCAGUACUGGGUGAACAUUGAGUCCAUCAACAUCCCCAGGGAGACCCAGGACUGCAGGCUGGACAAUCUCACCGUCACCACGACGAAAGCCAAAUUCACAAUGGCCCACGCAAUCUUAACCUCGAUUUUCUGGCCGGAGGAAACGGGGAAUCCCCUGUUUUGCUCGUCACUGUUCCACGAUGCAUUCAGCGAAGUCAACGCCACCUACCUCGAGUUAUCGAUUGAAGGUAUCAACUACUCUUCGGUAAUUCUGCUGGGAACAUUUACGAAGAGUUUGAGCGUUGGAAGUGUCAGGAUUUUCGCUCUGAAUGACGACGAGCAGGCGUUCGUGCUGUCAGGCCCCGAGGGCUCUGAGGGUUCAGAGAAUAUUCCCAAAUUGCUGUCGGUGUCGGUGAGAUACCCGAAGAACCCAGAGGCCCAGGAGCACGCGGUCAUCGUGAGCCUCAGGGUCUCCCAGACUCGAGCGUCACUGGAUCCCCUUCUUCUCGAUUGGCUGCAGUACCAGAGCAUUCGCCACGAGACUGAGCCCUCCGCAGGGUUGUCUGAUAAUCAUGGCACCGAGGAGACGUCCUCUGACACGUCCACGAGGAAGAAAACAUUCCCCAGUCUUCACGAGAACGUUCACAGCCCCUCCGAGAAGGAUCGCAAGUGGAAUUGGAUCCUGGAAGCAUCGAAGCAGCAGAGUUACCAGAAGUCAGAGGCCAAAGCCAAUGUUGGAGUGGUGAAAAGAGUCACGAAUUCGUACUUCUGGUGGAAGAGGAUUGGGGUCAUCUGCUGUGUCGAGCCCCUGGUGAUGUACAUGCCAUCGAGAUCGCUGGACGGCAUCGGAAUGAAUGGAAUCGAGGAGUCGAAGGAGCGAGCGAUGUCGAGUCUCCAGGAUCUCCAGAUCUUCGUCAUCAAAACUGCGCAUUUGACCCUGCACUCUGCGAAUUUCUCGCCUGAUCAGCUGCUGAACGACAACUUCAGCAUCUCCUCGAUCCACCAGCUGUCGAAUAACUUCCCCUGGGCCCUCAGUCUGACUGACUUUCACUGCUACACGUUGAGUAGUAAAAAUCCAUCAAGAAGGCAGUUGAACUUCCUGAGGAUGGAGUCGUUGAACGCUACGAUAGACGCGACAAUCAAGCAGCACAUGAACUCUGAAUCCUCCCUGAACACCUUAGGCUUCUGCAUCUACGUCGACACGUCCCCAAUAACCAUCUCCUGUUCAGACUCCCAGAUAAAGCUGAUCAACGAAAUCCUCGAUAAAACCUCGAGGAUCGUCGAGUCCCACGUGAGCAGAUCAUCGAGGAGUCGUUCACGUGAUGAACAGGUUGACAUUCUGCUGGUGGGGCAGCCCCAGGCCCUCCAGAGCCCUCCGAUACUGUGCACCGAGGAGACGGACACGACAUCAACAACAUCAACAUCGAGGAAUGAGUCUGAGAACGAGGAGAGCCCAGCUGUGAUGACAGCCUGGAUCCAGUGGACAAUAACAAAAGUCUCAGUUAAACUCUACACUCUUCACCCCAUCAGCCACGUGGAACGAAAGAUGGUGAUGGAGCUGGAGGACAUCAUCACGUCCCUCGACUGGCAGCCAAUCUACAUUCAGCUGAAGAACAAAGUCACAACAGCCACCGUCUUCCAUUACGUGAGGUCAUCACGAACCCUUAACGACCACUGGCGUCUGGGGGAAUUCUCAGGGAUCAUCAUGUGCCCAGGGGAGCAGGACGACCUGGUCAAGGGGAUCCAGGCCGACGACUUCCUGACGGUCACUGUGACGAGAGCAAAGUCGAAUAACGUCUACAACAAGUGGAGUUCCUACCACAAACACCAUAAAACUCACAAGAAUCAUUACUCCUACAUCGACGACAGCUCUUUGUCCAGUUACAUCACAGAAGUGGUGGUUAAACUGCAGAUCCUGGAGGUGAUCCUGCCGAUGGACGUCAUCAGGACGUACGUGGACACCCUGACGAGCAAGAGUUCUGGUCUCGAUUCUACUUUGGAUCAAAAACAUUUAACGAAUUGUUCUCGCCAGCUCCUCCCCCUGAUCUACGCUGACUUCAAGGGAGUCACUCUGGUGUUUCCAGUGUCGACGAAGAGGAACGAACUCCAGCACGACACGAUAGUCGUCAGGACCGAGGGCAUCAGCGUCAAUCCCCACGCGGAGAACCCCAUCUGCAGGGUGAUACACCGUCCUGAUAUCUACGAGCUUGCAGCACAGGCGAACAUCCUGAGCACGCCAGGAUCAGCAGUGGAGGAUCGACAGUACGAGAUCAAGAUAAACGACAUAUUGACGUACAGCACGUCCUGGAUCCAUCGUCAGGUGAAUCUGACGAAACGAAACGCCCAGGCCUCCCUCUACACGAUGAACGAGAAUCCUGCGUUGGAGUGGAACAACAUGAUUGACACUGGGGAUCAUGGCGAGGUUCAGUGUCUAUCGUUGACCUCUGGCUUCGAUGUCUGCUCCAUCGUGGCUCCACCGAUUAUUUAUAAGUCAGACACAAUUGUGUGUGGGACAGCUGUGGAGAUCACUUGUCUGACUGAUAUCGACGUUGCUGUUAAUCUGGAGCAGAUUAAGCUGAUUACUAUGUUGGCUGAGCAGUUGGUGGAGCUGUCUCGAGCCUCUGGUGAUGCUGAGGAUCGUGGGGAUGAGGGGGUGAGGGAGAAUGGGUCCCCCCAUCCACGACAGCAGCUGGUGGACUCACCUGGAAGAGAAGGGAAUGCAGACAGAAGUGGGGAGAAUCAACGAGAAUAUGGUCAGGACAGUGGGGUCGACGUGGACAUGUCCUCCACAGACGUGGGCUGCCACCUGCCUUCCCUAGGGUCGAAGAACCCCACGAUACUGCCUUUUGAGUACCUCAUGAACUUCGGGAAAAUCUCGAUUACAAUUUACGAAAACUCGAGGGGUAAAUCCAACAGCAGAAGCGCGAGCAUUUCUCCGCUGAUUCAUCUCCUCAUUAAUCAGCCGAACACCUACAUCUCUCAGCAGAGCAUCACGAGAAUCUUUCAGGUCAACUGCUUCGAUAUAUCCAUGUCCUUUCCCGAUGAGAAUAGGUUUAUGGAGGCUGUUCCAACAGCUGCGGAUUUUAAAAGAAUGUUUGUAGAGACGAAGAACGGGGAACCCCACCCCAACACGGGGAUUCCCCCUUCGUUCGCGAUCGUUAGAAUUCAAAGUGAGGGCGAUAAAAAGUCGAUUAACGUUGACAUGGGUCGACCCACGAGAAUGAAUUUUUCGUUACCACUGAUCGAUCUAAUUGACUCGACUCGAGAAAAAUUAUUGAAGUGCUUUAGGGGGAGUAAAACGAGUGCCAACUCCUCGGAAUCCCCCGAAUUGUCACCAGAACCUGUACCAACCGAAAAAAACAUAAUUUCAAAUCUUCCAAACGUGAACAUAACAACGAAACAAAUGGUCUUGGCUCUGAAAUCCGACACCACCUCGGAGUUGAUCCUUUCGAUGUCCUCACUGUCAGCAGGACUGACGAGUAAGCCAAGAAGAAUGAACGGAACCAUUGCCCUGUCCUCAGCGAUGAUAACAACGAACGUUUACGGGAGCUAUCGUGCCCUGCUGAGCCCAAUGUCCGGCAGUUUCUCCAUGAACAUCAGUUGGGAGAGCUGGCACGACCCUCAGGACCUCCCCCAGACGAAAAUUCAAGCCUACAGCGAGCACAUCCACCUGGACGUCGGCCCCGAGCAGCUGAGGGUCGUCAGGAGCGUCCAGAGGAGCCUCGAAACUCUGUCAGAAAAAUUCCUGAAGCCUUCGAUGAACGAGAGGACUGACGAUAAACGAAAAGCGUCGAGUGCUACUGAGCAGCAUUACCAGGACGACCUCAAGGUCGGGGCCUUCCAGUUCAUCGACGGAACAGCUGAUGACAUGCCACUGCCUUAUCAAGUCAUAUUCUCCAGGCACCCUAGUCAGUCGAUGGUCUGGCGUUACCCCCAGCCCAGGAUUCUCACUCGUCUGCACAUGAAUGAAGCUCUCCAAUCGAUCAUCGACGACACUGAGGUCGACUUCGAGAGCAUUCUCUGUGUCAUCGAGUUCUGGAGCGAGUCUCUGUCGUCUUACCAGCGCUACAUCGAAUUCCCAAUCCUGGAGAUCAAGAAGCCGACGUUCAAGCUGCCCAGCAAGUUCCCAACUAGAGCUGUCGCCUGCGUCUGGAGGCUGACCCUCCACUCGGGGGAUCUGGACUCCAGGACUCUCGCUGGCUGCCUCAGGAUCGACUCCUACUUCAACUCCUCACUGGUGUCCGCGAUGGAGGUGACGCUCAACGUCAGGAGCGUCGAUCUGGCGUUCUACAAUCACAUCGACACUUCGGUGUAUCGAAAUCUCUCGAGUCCCCUGGAGCACUACAAGUUGAAUAACAUCAUUCCCAGCACUCAGGUCUUCGCCAUUGUUCAACAUCGAAAUGUCUUGGUUGUUUUCAAUAAGUGGGAGGACUCGGUGCUCGUGGACCUGUCUGGGAGCUUGUCCAUCGACGUCAUGGACUAUGCUUACCUCAGGAUGCAGAGGUUCCUCCAGGAGGUGGCUGGAAAAAUCCAGGUCUCCAGGUCUGAUCACACGAAUGUCGUCAUGAUGUGGCAGGAGGUCUCCCUCAGGUUCGGCCCUGAGGUCUCCCACACGUUGACGUUGUCCUUCAGCCUCUGGAAUUCAGCUCUCGAGGAUGACGAGAAGAUCAUGAAGAAUGAGGGGGUCAUCCUGAGCAGGAUCGUGGUGGCCAACAAUUGUAAUGUCCCAGUGAGAUUUGGACAGAGUCAGUCACCCGAUGACAUUCUCCUCCAGACGUCUGAGUGCCACUUCUACACUUGGUGCCACAGUGGCAAUAAGAGCAUGAGGAUCGCCACAAAAAACACUGGCUGGCUCUGGAGUCGAGCCUUCAACGUCAGAGCAGACGGGGUUCGACAGGUUGUCUUCGACAAAUCCUCGAACUCUGGAGUUCACGUGAACGUUAAGUCACUUUCCCCAACGCAGAAGCUGAUAACGUUCUGGGGACAGCUGAUCGUCUGCAAUUCGUUGAUCGAGGACUUUGAACUGAGGCUUCUGAGGUACGACAACUCGUCGAAAACGAGGAAGAUCGUCUCUGAGGACGGCUCCUACGUCCUGACGAACAGGAAACCCCUGUCGAUGAUAAUAGACCAGAAGGAGAACUUCGCGAUUAGGCUGAGGUUCCUGAAGUCCCCGAACUCGUGGACUGGAGACAUUCCUCUUCACGCGAACGCCAAGUGCGAUCAGCCCUGGCUGGUGAAGGUGCCCCAUCAGGGGAAGGAUAAGUUCCUCAGCAUCUGGGUGAGGAUCGUCCAGGAGUCCAGUGACAACGGACGAAUCCUGGUGAUCCUGAGCCCCCUCUACAUGGUGAGGUCCUUUCUACCUGUUGAUGUGGGAGCUAGACUGGAGACCCCGACUCUGUCUUCAUCCUUCGACACGACCAUCCCUGGCUGUGGGGAGGUGCAGCAGGUGAACUGCCCUGGGACCUUCGAGAACUACCACCAGCUGACGUUCCACAGCAACUAUGAAAUCUCGACACUGCAGACGUCGAUUCCUGUCUCCUACAACUGCGUGGACCAGAGGAGCUUCUUCAAGAGGUCUCAGAGGGAGGAUGUCGAUCAGAUCCUCGAGGGUCUCUACUCGAAGGUGAAGCCUCGCUGGCCCCUGAGGGACGAAGACGAGAACGUCUGGAGGCCUGUGAAGCAAGGGAGAACUCACGCCUUCAUCCGGUACCAAGACGCAGGGCUGGUCUCCAGCACUUUGUUGUUCGAGAUUCGACCCUGGUGCUACAUAAUGAACUCCCUGGGAUGGCCGAUCUCCAUAGUAUCCUCCAGUGAUCACCUUGUGGAGAUCCCUCACCUAGGAGUGGCUGCACCCCCCAAAUUAGAUGGCAUAUUCCACCUGCAGAUCGAGAUCGACGACGAGCUCUACGACUCCACGGCCCUGCAGCUGGCGAACUCCGAGUGGAACAGAGGGUUCAUCAUGCCCCAGAUAAGUGGAUUGAUCCCAGUGGAUGGGACAAUCCGAGUCAGCAUCGACUGCAAAGCCAGGGGAGUCUGCAGUCUAGUCAUCAACUCGAGUGUUCAGGAGGAGAUCAGGAUGAUCAGGGUCAUGAGCAGUCACAUCUUCUGCAAUUUCACGUCGCAGAGCCUCAGGAUAUCGACGCUAUCAGCAAGUUUAUCGUCCUCUGGGGUCGAUGUGCCUGAGGACCUCGAGCUGCUCAGCAGGGAGAGCCCUCCGAGUGCUGUGAAGAGGGAGGGAAUACCCAUCAGCCAGUGGUACCAGGUCGCAGGUGCUUCUGACAACCCCAGGAGCAACGAAUCCCCCUUCCUCCUGCUGAACGCUGGGUUCGGCUGGUCGUGUCCCUCGAGGGUGGAGCCAGGGAUCAGUCGCAACUGCGUGGCAGUCCCCUUCGAGGACACCUCGAUCCCCCUGGUGAUAACCACCCAGAAGGACAAGGAAGUGACUUACGUCGUGGCGUCUCACGACGAACAUCCACAGCUGGUGAUAAUGAACACCUGCUCCUUCGAUCUGAUCGUUCGUCAGGUGAAUCCAGGGAGGAGCAAUGUCGAGCCUGAUGCCCCUCCCUUCACCUGGGCCUGCGAGGUCCCCAGGGGAAAGUCUCGGCAUUAUUCAACUCCAAACGUUGGGAGAAUGCUCCCAGACGCUGCUAAUGCCAGGGAGACCAAGUGCUCACUUCACCUGUCCUCGAGGGAGAGGGACUGGUUCAAGGUGAUCGACCUCCCAGUGGAGAAGCCCAUCAGAUUCGACCAGUACGUGCAGAUGGACUCCCACAGGGACCUGAAGAUCGUGGUGGAGAGCAGAGGCCACUCGGUCCACAUAACCGUGGAGCCAAAGUCUGAGAUUGAGGUGUCAGUGAAGGACAUCAGGAGUCGAUUGCUGCUGGAGGGCCCUUCCCCCAAGUCCUCCGAGCAGGUUCGAAGUCCCUCGCCCCGGGAGCCCCCCGAACUACCCGAGAGCUCGUCGCUCUGCCUGACCGAUGGCCUCUUCGACAACAGGAUAUCCCAGAAGAGCCAGCAGGACGACGAGGAGAAGUUCCUGACGCUCUACGUCAAGGGGGUCAACCUGGUGAUCUCUCUGAACACCACCGAGGGCAGUCAGCGGGUCGAAGUGGCCAGUUUCUACCUCCUGCACACGAUAAUAAACGUGACGUCGACAGUCAGGUGCCUGAGCCUCGGGGUCAUGAUUGGAGAUCUCCAGUUCGACAAUCAGAUGUUCGAUCAGGGGGGCUUCGACUUCCCAGUGGUCCUCAUCUCCCAGAAGCCCUCGGUGAAGCCUGAGAGGGCCUUCAACGUGACUUCCUCCCUGGAGAACUGCAUCGCAGAGCUGAGGAGGAGCUCUCUGUUCAGUGUGGAGUGCCUGUGGGAGAGGAUCGAGGGGAAAAACGCCUGCAAGAGCGUCCACGUGAGGGUUCUACCCAUCAACAUCUACAUCGAGGACAAGUACGUCACGCAGCUGCUGGAGUACGCGACCUCCAUGGUGCGCCCCUGCUGCAUAAUGUCUGGUGACACCAGGGGAGUCGACUCCUUGGACGAAAGUGGGAGGAUAAAUGCCCCCACGAGUGUCAUCAUCGACGCUGGGAUCAUGAGCUCACCCCUGAGGAUCCAGAGCCUGAUGAUCGAGCCCAUCUCCAUUCUGCUGAGUGUCCACACCUCGGUGAGGCUCUACGUCGCCCUCGACCACUCGCCCCUUCACUUCGGGGUCUUCGAGAGGGAGAAUUUAUUCACAACUCCUUACAGACUGGGGAACGCCCUGACGAUGCACUACUUGUCUGGGGCUAUCUUCGGGGCUGGCUGGGUCGUUGGUUCCCUGGAAAUUCUGGGCUCACCUGGGAGUUUUGCGCAGGCUUUGGGCUCGGGGCUGAAGGACUUCAUCGCUCUGCCCUUCCAGGGGCUGCUGCAGGGCCCCUGGGGGUUCGUCGUUGGCGUCACUCAUGGAUCCGCCAGUCUCAUGAGGAACAUCACUGCUGGGACUGUUAAUUCGGUGACGAAACUUGCGUCGAGUGUCGCGAGGAAUCUCGACAGGCUGACGUUGGACGAGGAGCACGUGCAGAGGCAGGAGGAGUCCAGGAGGACGAGGCCCCAGGGGAUGGCGCAGGGGCUCUACCAGGGGCUCACGGGCUUUGGCAUCAGCAUUCUGGCGGCUGUGGCAGGACUCGCUCAUCAUCCUCUGCAGAAUUUGCUGAAUGGGGAGACCAGUGCCAAGGGCCUGAUGACUGGGGUGGGGCUGGGGCUCGUGGGGGUCGUCACCAAACCUCUCUCGGGGGCUGCUGAGCUCGUCGCCCUGACUGGCCAGGGGCUGCUCCAGAGGACUGGGUGGAACUCCCUUCCCUCUGCCAGGAGGCAGUCCAGUUCUGGGGAUUGUCAGGUCAACUCCUUCUCCACGAGGUACGUCUGGAAGCUUGCGUCGUUGAUGCUCAAGAAUUGUGAUAAUAUUUUGUACUUGACGGACGCUGAGUUUGUGGACAACAAGGGGAACAGGUGUGAUGUCACUAUUGUUGUCACGAGGCAUGAUCUGCUGGUGGUGAACAGGGGGGAGGACAAGGUUUACAAACUGUUUGGGCUGAGGGAGCUGAGCUUUGGGGAGGACUUUGGGGAUGACUCCUCGUUGAGGCUCAGUUACUCGGUGGCACAGCAGCAGAAGUACCAGAGUGAGACGCCCAGCGAACGUCUGGAGAUGGACCAGGAGAUGAGGAGCAGGGUCGAACAGUAUGUGAUCAGCAGCUCGGGGCUCGUCAGCCUUGGAGAGAGCGAGGCACAGAGUUCUGUGCAGGCCACGUACUCCUCCAGUUUCGCGGUGAAUUCCCUCAACUUUUAUCUGGAAUCCUCGGAGAGGAAUUAUCUGAGGGCACUCAUGAGCAUUGUCAAGAGACAGAGUCAAGGAAUCGAUUUUACAGUUUUAUAAGAGUAAUAAAGAGGUCUUUGAGGGGAGCUGCGAGUAUUUUGUAAUUAGAUGAAGUAAUAUAUUUUUAUUUUGAGAGGGGGGGGGGGGGUAAAUUGAGUGAAAUAGCGAAUUGAAGUGUUUUGUUAUUGAGUAUUUUUAUUGUCUAAAUAUAUAAGUAAAAACACCUUCUAUUUUUAUACAUUUCGGAGGUUUACGUGUUGAUUCUUCCAAUUUUACUAGAGCUGUAGUAAAUCCCACAAGACUUGCAUUUAAAAUUUGUUUAAUGGAUUAAAUUAUUGCAGGGGAAUUUGUAGUAGGAAAAAUAGAUUUUGCAAUCUAAAAAUUUUAUUUUCAUCGUUUUAAUCAGGGAUUUGCGUUCCUUUUGAGUAAUUUCUAUUGUCUAAAUAUAUAAGGAAAAACACCUUCGAUUUUUAUACAUUUCGGAGGAUUACGUGUUGAUUCUUUCAAUUUUACUAGAGCUGUAGUAAAUGCCACAAGUCUUGCAUUUUGAUUUUUUUUAAUGGAUUAAAUUAUUGUAGGGGAAUUUGUAGUAGAAAAAACAGAUUUUGCAAUCUAAAAAUUUUAUUUUCAUCGUUUUAAUUUGUUUGAGUUCCUUUUGAGUAAUUUCUAUUGUCUAAAUAUAUAAGUAAAAACACCUUCGAUUUUUAUACAUUUCGGAGGUUUACGUGUUGAUUCUUUCAAUU